GCCAAGGUGGAAAGGAUGGGAAUGGGAGAAUAAGGUGGGGAAAUGCCAGUUUUUAGGUAUAUAAGUAUUGUGAUGGCUGGCAUUACACAGUCUAUCAGUGACUUUUCAGAUUGCUGUAAUCAAAAAGUACUGUGGCCAGGUUGUCUGGGUAUAAACCGGUACCAGAAUUUACACCAAACUCAAGCCAGAGCCCGAUUCUUUAAAGGAAAUGGUUUAGAAUGGAUUAUCCACACCCCAGUCAGGCACUCCCUGCCUGGGGAACCUGUGCUCCUUCUACUCUUGCACUGAGGGAAUUAGCUCCCAUGAAGCUUUCUCCCCCAUUGGAGGCUGUGAAAUGCUGCCUUACUGCAUCCUGGUUUGCAGAACCGUUUCAUGCUGAGUCACAGAAUCCACAGACCUCAAUAUUUCACCUCCUGGAAGGUGGACCCAAGCUCAGCUGCAGUAGAUAUUAGUGGAUGUCCAGGCAACAGGCCAAGGAGAGGCACCCCUUGCCCCCAUUAGGUCUUCACUUCACAUUAACUGAUACACUGCUUCUCCAGAGGCAGCUUUUUGGCCACUGCUGGGCUCUCUUCCCCACCUUCUCUUUUUUCCCCUCCCCUUUUCUGAGGCACAGUACAGCUUUAAGAGGACGUCUAGCAGAUGCAGACGUGAACAUCUGGGCAGUGUUAGUAGAGUCUCAGAGGAUGCAGGAACAAACCACUUGCUUUGGAAAAGCUAAAGCACAAGUUUCCUGAACAAGCUGAGAGGAAAGAGACAGAGAGGACAGUGAGCGGAGAAAAGAAGUAGACUCCAGUGGUUUGUGGUUUCUGCUGCUUUCUGGGUUCCUGGAGCUGUAGUCUGCCUGCUAACAAUCAGAGAGCUCUGCUGGCCACAAGUUCUCCCUGCUACGGCUCAGCAAUCCUCACACACUGGGAUGGCACAAGAAACUGCCCCACUCCUGCUGCUUUUCCUCACAAAGCUGGUAUCCUCCACCUGGCAUGAAGGCUCUGGCUACCAUGCUGCUGAGGCAUACAACAAUGAAGUGUAUGUAGAGGAGACACCCCACACUCCAACCCUGGACUACCGAGUGCCUCAGUGGUGCUACCCAUUAAGCAUCCACCAUGGAGAGGCAAUCUGCUACUCCCCCCGGGGAGGGAAUUACCGCAGCAGCCUGGGGACACGCUGUGAACUGUCCUGUGAUCGAGGCUUCCGGCUCUUCGGGCAGAGGUCGGUGCAGUGCUUGCCAAGCCGUCACUGGUCUGGGAUGGCCUACUGCAGACAGAUCCGGUGCCACGUGCUGCUAGCAUUGCACUAUGGUUCCUACCAGUGCACAGCAGGGGUACUGGUGGACUCUCGAUGUGAUUAUGCCUGCCUCCCAGGGUACCAGCUGGAGGGCGACCGCACACGGAUGUGUAUGGAAGAUGGGCGAUGGAGUGGCAGUGAGCCAAUCUGUGUAGACAUUGAGCCCCCCAAGAUCCGAUGUCCUGACUCACGAGAGAGGAUAGCAGAGCCAGAGAAGCUGACAGCCACUGUGUACUGGGACCCCCCUCAUGUGAAGGACUCUGCUGAUGGCAUCAUCAAACGUGUGACACUGCGGGGCCCAGAACCUGGCUCUGAGUUUCCAGAAGGGGAGCAUGUUAUUCGUUACACCGCCUACGAUCAGGCUUAUAACCGAGCCAGCUGCAAAUUUGUCAUUAGAGUUCAAGUGAGCCGCUGCCCUGUGCUAAAGCCACCGCAGAAUGGCUACCUCAGCUGCACCUCUGCAGGCAAUAACUAUGGCGCCAUGUGCAACUACUUCUGUGAUGGGGGCUAUGAUCGCCAAGGAAUCCCCUCACGCAUCUGUCAGUCCAGUCACCAGUGGUCAGGAUCACAGCCUACUUGUGUGCCAAUGCAGAUCAAUGUGGAUGUGAACUCAGCAGCGAGCCUCCUUGAUCAGUUCUUUGAGAAACGCCGGCUCCUGAUUGUCUCUGCUCCUGAUCCCUCUGACCGUUUCUACAAGAUGCAGAUUGCUAUGCUGCAGCAAGCCACCUGUGGGCUGGACCUACGUCACAUCACCAUCAUCGAGCUGGUGGGGCAGCCUCCCUCUGAGGUGGGACGCAUCCAGGAACAGCAGCUGUCAGCCAGCAUCAUUGAGCAGCUCAGGCAGUUCUUGCAGAUCACCCGCUCCCGCUUUAACAUGGUGCUGGUGGACAAACAGGGUACGGAUCGUGAGCGCUUCAUCGAGCCGAUUGACACUGACCAGCUCUUCGACUUCAUUGACACUUACCUGCUGAGCAGCCAGGAGGCCACCCGGCAUGCAGAAAACAGGGACUUGUGCGAGUGAGCUAGUGCUGCAAUGGCAGGGCGGGGGGGGAAGCUUAGCAUUGGCCACUGGGGGAAAAUGAUGUCCUGCCCCCUCCUGAAACUCAGAUCCCCCACAGCCUCAGAGGACAGGGUUCCUUCACUGCUUUUUAGCUCUCCAUAGUGAAAGAAGCAGCAGAGUCAAAGGUCAAGAAUGUUCAUGGUGGAAAGGGACCAGCUGGUUCAAGCUGCUAGCACACUAGCCUUUCACAAGGAGGCUGAGAAAAUACAUUUGGGCACUGUCUCCUCCUUCCCACCCUGCCCAUUCAGCUACUGCUUAGGCCCAAGUGAUGAAGUAGCAGGGAAACAGCAGGUCAGGCAGGAGGAUCUGGGGCUAUGUCAAGCCUGGUGGUACCUGGCAGAAGUAUAGCAGCAGCAUAUGCUCUUGAUUGGUCUUUUUCCAACCCGCCUUAUUUCUUAAAUGCCCAAGUUAUGUAAAAUACAGCAAGUGUGCUAUGAGAGUAGGUCAGCACCUGACAACAGGGCUACCCAGAGCAGCGCAGGCUGGAGCACUGCUCCCAUGAGGGGCCUGUGCAGCACUAGAGAGAUUUGGAACAGUUUCCCCUGGGAAGAAGAUGUCUGUUUGAUGUUUGAGAACAUUUAGCAGGAACAGCAAGAAUUAGAUGUCAGAUACAAAGAUUCUGCUUUGCCUAAACCCAAACACAUGCAUGAUAAGGCUAAAGAUCAGAAAAAGAACAGGGCAGGGAGCUGUCCCCAGACAAGGACAGAGGGCAGUUAGUACCUGGGUUUAGCAAGAACAGCUUGAACUGGACUGCAGGCUUGAGGGAGAAUACUACUUGCUGCUCUCCUCAAGCACCAGAUAUAAUCUCUACUGGGCAGUCCCACUUCAUUUAGCCCUGGAGCAUCUUGAUCAUAUUGUUCUCUUGUCUAGAGAUUGUACAUAGGCCCCAGCAAUGUUUAGGAUGUAGGAAACUGACCACAAAGCAUGGUUUAAAGUGUUUUUUAACUCUCUUCGCCUCCCUUCUCUUUCCAAGAUGCAGGUGAGCAACACUUGCUGCUGCCCUGACAGAGCUAUACUGCAACAAACUGCUGUACCUCCCUAUUUCUAGAACAGCUGUGUGAUAAAGCACACUGGUUCAUCACAUGCAUAGUCCAUAGCAAGACCAAGAUCAAUGACAGGUAGGGGCAGAGAGGAGCCUGCUGGUGCACGAGCCAUUCCCAUCCUAACCCAGCAGCGACAGUUGCAUCCUCAUCUCCAUCUUCUUGCUUCAUAUCCAUGUUCCAUUAAUUCACCUCCUUGGGGCAGCAUAAGGACUCUCCUGCUGUACAGGCAGCAAUGGUAAGAAAGCCUUUAUUAAAAACAGAUGGCCCUUUGACAAGCAUGUGGCAGUUACA